AUGGAAGAGGAGCAGAGGGUGGACGGGGUGCAGCUGGAGCUCUUCGCUCGGGCGGUGCUGGAGAAGGCCGGGUGUGAGGUGCCCUCGGCUGAGGCCGUGGCCUGGUCGCUCACAGAGGGCUCCCUACGCGGCGUCGACUCUCAUGGCAUUCGGCUGCUCCCACACUACGUUGAGAACCUGGUCCACGGCGGCAUCAAUGGGAAGCCCAACAUGACCUGGUCCUCGACCUACCCUGCCUUCGUGGUGCUCGACGCCGACCACGCAUUCGGCGCAGCGGCCGGGUUCAAGGCCAUUGACAUCGGCAUCGAAAGAGCGCAGCAGUACGGCGUAGCCGCAGUGGGCGUCAUUAACUCCACGCAUCCGGGUAUGAUGGCGUCGUACGUGCUACGCGCAGCUGCGCAGGGCUACCUGGCCUUCGCUUUCACCAACACCGGACCCAAGAUCCUCUCUCACAACGGAAAGCAGCCGUACUUUGGGACGAACCCGAUAGCGUUCGCCUGCCCGCGGCUGGAGAAAGAGCCGUUCUGCCUCGACAUGGCCACCAGCAUGAUUCCCUGGAACAAGGUCGAGGCAGCCAGGAAGACCGGCAAACAAUUGCCCGAGGGCACGGUGGCGGAUGAAGAGGGCAAUCCCACAACGGACCCGCACGUCGCGUCGUCUUUGCUGGCCGCCGGCAGUUACAAGGGCUUCGGCCUGGCCGCGAUGGUCGAGUUGCUUUGUACCGCCCUGCUGGGCAUGGCCUUCGGUCACCACACCGUGCAGAUGUACGGGCCAACGUCGGAUAUGAGCGAGAAGCGGCGACUGGGCCAGUUCUAUCUGGUGGCCCGCUGCGAUGCCUGCGUCUCUUUGCCUCAGUUCCUGCAAGCCGUACAGCAGAUGACGAACGAGGUGCGCAGCGAACCGCCCAAGGAAAGCGCGGUGAUGCUUCCCAACGACCCCGAGAUCAAAGUCGAAGUUGUCAGGCGGCAGCACGGCAUCCCGUUGGACGAGGUGGUGUUGGGCGAGCUGGUGGCUCUGGGGCGUCGCUUCUCCGUUCCCUUCCCACCGCUCCUCUCUUCUUCCUCCUCUACUGCCAAAUUGUGA